AUGUCAUUCCUAAAUGACACCAGCCUAACUCCAGUUUCAUUCAUCCUAAAUGGCAUCCCCGGGCUGGAAGAAGUACAUCUGUGGAUCUCCUUCCCCCUGUGUACCAUGUACAGCAUUGCCAUCACAGGAAACUUUGGUCUUAUAUACCUCAUUUACUCUGAAGAAGCCCUACACAGACCUAUGUACAUUUUCCUAGCCCUUCUAUCCUUCACAGAUGUGCUCAUGUGCACCAGCACUCUUCCCAACACCCUCUGCAUAUUGUGGUUCAACCUCAAGGAGAUUGAUUUCAAGGCCUGCCUGGCCCAGAUGUUCUUUGUGCACACUUUCACAGGAAUGGAGUCUGGGGUGCUCAUGCUCAUGGCCCUGGACCGCUAUGUGGCCAUCUGCUAUCCCCUGCGCUAUGCUACUAUCCUCACAAAUUCAGUCAUUUCCAAGGCUGGACUCCUCACUUUUCUUAGAGGUGUAAUACUUGUUAUCCCUUUCACUUUCCUCACCAAGCACCUGCCAUACUGCAGGGGCAAUGUCAUACCUCACACCUACUGUGACCACAUGUCUGUGGCCAAGAUAUCCUGUGGUAAUGUUAGGAUCAAUGCCAUAUAUGGUUUAAUGGUUGCCCUCCUGAUUGGGGGCUUUGACAUCCUGUGCAUCACAAUCUCCUACACUAUGAUCCUCCGGGCAGUUGUGAGUCUAUCAUCAGCAGAUGCCCGGCAGAAGGCCUUUAGCACAUGCACUGCUCACAUCUGUGCCAUUGUCAUCACCUAUGUCCCAGCCUUCUUCACCUUCUUUACUCACCGGUUUGGGGGACACACUAUUCCUCCACAUAUACACAUUAUUAUGGCUAAUCUCUACCUGCUCAUGCCUCCCACAAUGAACCCUAUUGUGUAUGGGGUGAAAACCAAGCAGAUACGAGAAAUUGUUAUUAGAUUCUUGUUUAAGGAAAAGGACAAUUCUCACAACAUUUAA